UCCGUAACUGCACUCGAGCACGGAACGAGGAAAGUGUGGCGGGUAUAAAAAAUACCGCCAAAAAGCUAUAUUUUAAGUGACGUGGACCAAAUAAAACCCUGUUUGGAAUGUAAUGAGGAUUAUUACGCGUUGGAAUAUUUUUUUACGAAAACUGAGCUAGUGUGCAGUAGACAGGGCGAAUAAACCGUGAGGACUACAUUACCCACAAGGCAUCAUGAAGGCUGUGCUGGUUUCCCAAAAUAUCAAAAGAGUCCAACCUGGAGGACUUGUCUGGAUGCUCGAGAAAGUGUGUUAAAUCUUGGGAGAUACCUGAAGGAAAACAGCACCUGAGCAGGCACGCACCACCGCAUCCACUGGUCUUCUCAAGAUUAUUAAUUCCAGGAAACUAAGAAAGAGAACCUUUGAGAGAUUUUAUUGUUGUGCAAUGUAAUUGGCCUUACGACUGUUACUUAAGACUGUUCUCCCUCUUAAUACCCUCUCCUCUUUUAGGAUAUUCCUUUUUGUCUCUGCGUUGACGAUCUCACCUCUUCUACUUCUAUCUCUGGGCAUACUGUGGGAUGUACUUUGGAUAUACGGACCUUUGAACCAAAGCAAAUUCAAUGAUUUCCUCCUGUUCAGGAUUAUAACCCCAAUCUACAGCACUUUGAAAAUGAAUUUCUUCAGAUUCCCAGUCCAGUUGCAGCUGCUGAUGAGUACUGUGGUCGGGUUCUGCUCGGGCUUGGAGUUUACAGGGUCACAGGGCCAGUGGGCGCGCUAUCUCCGCUGGGACGCCAGCACCAGAAGUGACCUCAGCUUCCAGUUCAAAACAGACGUGUCCACUGCCUUAAUCCUGUACAUUGACGAUGGCGGCUACUGCGACUUCCUCCAACUCAUGGUGGUUGAAGGGAAGCUCCAGUUGCAGUUUAGCAUCGACUGCGCCGAGACAACUGUCAUAUCAGACAAGAGAGUCAACGACAGCAGCUGGCAUUCCGCAACCUUGAGCAGGUACAACCUGAGAACUGUUCUGGGGCUGGACGGAGCAAGCAAAGCGGCCGAGGUGCGGCCUCAGAGGCAGUACAUGAAGAUCGUAAGCGAUCUCUUCCUGGGCGGAGUCCCUCAAGAUAUUCGCAUUUCUGCGCUCACUCUCCCGACAGUGAAGGAUCUUCCGCCAUUUAAGGGAAUUAUCAGGGAACUGAGGUACAGUAACAAGGAACCUACUCUGCUAAACAGCCAAUUGGUCCGCAUGGACAUAGAGGGAAUCUGCAUGGAGAAUCCGUGUGAGAACGGAGGGACGUGCUCCAUUGUCGACGGGGAACCAAUUUGUGAUUGUUCUGAGACUGAAUAUGUUGGUCGAUUCUGCAACGAAGCAGAGGCCAACAGCAUCCCAGGUUUCGCACACAUGAUGAUGGCAGAUCAAGCCAAGGGAAAAGCACGAGAAGAGAAUGUGGCUACGUUCCGAGGAUCUGAAUACUUCUGCUAUGACUUAUCUCAGAACCCCAUCCAAAGCAGCAGCGAUGAGAUCACGUUGUCCUUCAAGACCUGGCAAAGAAAUGGUCUCAUCCUCCACACCGGCAAGUCCGCUGACUACGUCAACCUGGCUCUGAAAGACGGGGCCGUUUCGUUGGUCAUCAACCUGGGUUCCGGAGCUUUCGAAGCUAUCGUCGAACCCGUCAAUGGAAAAUUCAACGACAACACCUGGCACGAAGUUAAAGUCACACGCAACCUCAGACAGGUAACCAUAUCUGUGGACGGCAUCUUAACCACAACAGGCUACACCCAGGAGGACUACACCAUGCUCGGCUCGGACGAUUUUUUCUACGUCGGAGGAAGUCCAAGUACAGCGGAUUUGCCAGGGUCCCCUGUUAGCAACAACUUCAUGGGUUGCCUGAAGGAGGUUCUUUACAAGAACAAUGACAUCAGGCUGGAAUUAUCCCACCUCGCACGAAUCGUGGACCCCAAAAUGAAGAUCCAGGGAGAUGUGGUGUUCAAGUGCGAGAACGUGGCCACCCUGGACCCCAUUUCCUUCGAGACGCCCGAGGCCUACAUCAGCCUACCCAAGUGGAACACUAAGCGCGUAGGCUCCAUCUCCUUCGACUUCCGCACUACCGAACCAAACGGACUUAUUCUUUUCACCCAUGGGAAACAGCAGGAGAGGAAGGACGCUCGCAGCCAGAAGAACACAAAAGUGGACUUUUUUGCGGUGGAGCUUCUGGAUGGAAGUUUGUACCUGCUGCUGGACAUGGGCUCGGGGACCAUCAAAGUAAAAGCCACGCAGAACAAAGUGAACGACGGGGCCUGGUACCAUGUGGACAUCCAGCGAGAUGGAAGAUCAGGCACCAUAUCCGUCAACAGCCGUCGCUCCCCGUUCACUGCCAGUGGUGAGAACGAGAUCUUAGACCUGGAGGGGGAGAUGUACCUCGGCGGUCUCCCCGACAGUCGAGCCGGGCUGAUUCUCCCCACCGAGCUGUGGACCGCCAUGUUGAACUACGGCUAUGUGGGCUGCAUCCGGGACCUGUUCAUUGAUGGACGCAGUAAAGACAUCAGGCAGAUCGCCGAGGCCCAGAACGGAGCGGGAAUCAAGCCUUCCUGCAACAAGAUGCCAGGAAAGCAGUGCGACAGCUAUCCGUGCAAAAACAAAGGCAUGUGCAAGGAGGGAUGGAACCGCUUCAUCUGUGACUGUACGGGCACUGGCUACUGGUCACGUACCUGCGAGAGGGAGGCAUCCAUCCUGAGCUAUGACGGUAGCAUGUACAUGAAGGUGGUGAUGCCCUCCGUGAUGCACACUGAAGCAGAAGACGUGUCCCUGCGCUUCAUGUCUCAGCGGGCGUACGGCCUGCUCAUGGCCACCACCUCCCGCGACUCCGCCGACACUCUUCGGCUGGAGCUGGACGGAAGUCGCGUCAAACUCACGGUCAACUUAGACUGUAUCAGGAUAAACUGUAACUCCAGCAAAGGACCAGAGACACUGUAUGCUGGACAAAAACUCAAUGAUAAUGAGUGGCAUACUGUGCGCGUCAUCCGGAGGGGCAAAAGCUACAAGCUAACGGUUGACGAUGACGUAGCAGAAGGUCAGAUGGUAGGCGACCACACCCGAUUAGAGUUCCACAACAUCGAGACGGGCGUGAUGACGGAGCGCCGUUUCGUCUCUAUGAUCCCCUCCAGCUUCAUCGGUCACCUGCAGAGCCUCAAGUUUAACGGCAUGCUCUACAUCGACCUGUGCAAGAAUGGCGACAUCGAUUACUGCGAGCUCAACGCACGCUUCGGCAAGCGUUCCAUCAUCGCAGACCCCGUGACGUUCAAAACCAAGAGCAGUUACCUGAGCCUGGCGACCCUGCAGGCCUACGCCUCCAUGCACCUGUUCUUUCAGUUCAAGACCACCUCUCCGGACGGAUUCAUUCUGUUUAACAGCGGUGAUGGGAGCGAUUUCAUCGCUGUAGAGAUGGUCAAAGGGUACAUACAUUACGUGUUUAACCUCGGGAACGGUCCCAAUGUCAUCAAGGGUAACAGUGAAAGAGCUCUUCAUGACAACCAGUGGCACAAUGUCGUCAUAACUAGAGACAACAGUAAUGUCCACACAUUGAAAGUUGAUGCCAAGGCGGUGAGUCAGGUGGUCAACGGAGCUAAAAACCUGGACCUAAAAGGUGACCUCUACAUCGCUGGACUGGGGCCUAACAUGUACAACAGCCUGCCGAAACUCGUAGCCUCUCGAGACGGUUUCAAGGGUUGUCUGGCAUCCGUGGAUCUGAACGGUCGCCUGCCCGACCUCAUAAACGACGCACUAUUCCGCAGCGGUCAGAUCGAGCGAGGAUGUGAAGCAUCCAAAAGUGAACUUGGUUUCACCAAAGCAGAUCUACAAGGUCCUAGCACUACAUGUCAAGAAGAUUCUUGCGGCAACAUGGGGAUCUGCAUCCAGCAGUGGGAGAACUACACCUGCGACUGCUCGAUGACCUCUUUCACAGGAACGCAGUGCAAUGACCCCGGGACAACUUACAUCUUUGGAAAAGGAGGGGGCCUCAUUACCUUUAACUGGCCGGCCAACGAGCGCCCGAGCACUCGUACGGACAGGCUGACUGUGGGCUUCAGCACCUCCAUCAAGGAUGGCCUCCUCAUCCGCAUCGACAGCGCCCCAGGCCUGGGUGACUACCUCAUGCUCCACAUUGAGCAAGGCAAAAUUGGAGUCAUAUUCAACAUCGGAACGGUUGACAUCAUCGUGCAGGAGAGCAGUAUGGCAGUAAAUGACGGCAAGUACCAUGUAGUGCGCUUCACCAGAAAUGGGGGCAAUGCCACACUUCAGGUGGACAACUGGGCCAUCAACGAGCACUUCCCCUCAGGUAACAGCGAUAAUGAGAGAAUACAAAUGGCAAAUAAGAAAAUUCCUUUCAAAUAUGCCCGGCCCGUAGAGGAGUGGCUUCAGGAGAAAGGGCGGCAGCUAACGAUAUUCAACACCCAGGCUACGAUAAGAAUUGGUGGUGCGGAUCGCAAGCGUCCGUUCCAGGGCCAGCUCUCGGGAUUCUACUACAACGGCCUGAAAGUGCUCAACAUGGCUGCUCAGGGCAACCCCAACAUCAGAAUCAACGGAAGCGUGCGCCUGGUGGGAGAGAUUCCCUCGGCAGGUUCGGCCCGAACCACGGCCCUGCCCCCAGAGAUGUCCACCACCUUUAUCGAGACCACCACUACCAUGUCCACGACCACCACGAGAAAACACCGCACUCCACCCACAAUACAGACCACAGAUGAAAUGGUCUCAUCGGCGGAAUGUUCCAGUGACGAUGAGGACUUUGCUGAGUGCGAAGGACACGCAGGUGGGCUAGCAAUCCCGACGGAGCCGGGCAUCAGGCGGGUUCCGGGGGCCUCCGAGGUGGUCCGUGAAUCUAGCAGCACCACCGGAAUGGUCGUCGGGAUAGUGGCUGCUGCCGCUUUAUGCAUCCUAAUUCUCCUGUACGCCAUGUAUAAGUACAGAAACAGGGACGAGGGAUCCUACCAAGUAGACGAGACAAGGAAUUACAUAACCAACUCGGCACAGAGCAAUGGAGCAGUCAUGAAGGACAAGCAGCAGAGUUUAAAAGGCGGCAACAAGAAGCAGAAAAACAAGGACAAGGAGUACUACGUGUGAGCGCGAGCGUGUCCCGAGCAGAGAGAGACCAACAGACACGUACACAGAGAACAUUGAACUAUUGCUAGCUGCGCCGAGAGGAGGCCACAGACGCCUGGCGCUGUGCUGAGACUGCGGUAAACUCUCACACGAACUGUACCAUAAAGCACACUUACUACCAAGAAGAUAAAUAGCGACAUUAGUGACCUUACUCUUCUAUCCGGUCGGAGACGUUAUCCGUGUAGAAUAUUCCACAGCGACAUCAUAAUCCUAAGUGACUUUUAGAGGUACGUGAUCCUUGGAGUAAAUAUCGUUUCUUUGGUUUCUCUUUCUUUUUAUUUGGUCAUUUUGUACAAAGAAGAGAACGCUAUAUCGGCCGUAUUGAGCAUGUAAGAGACAGACAAGUGGGGCCAAAAAAAUGUUUGUCACGAGCGAAAAAGGACUCCUGCCAACAAAAAACACAUAUAUAAAUAUAAAUAUAUAUAUAUAUGAGAGAGAGAUUUGUAUUGUUUAUACAUAACAUGUGGUGUCUUAUGAUUCUUGCUCUCUGCAAAAAGAAAAAAGAAACUGUCAUAUCUGCUAAAGUGACAGGUCGCUAAGACUCUGCCAGCACAGCACUGUUAUGAUUUACAAUCAAAAAUGAUCGUUCGAAUUGUACAACCAACUGUAAUAAUGUGUGAGUUGCCAGAAAGAAGUUACCAAGUCUCAGUAAAGCGACUGAUUGUAGUGCAUGCCAUCCCUUGCUUUCAUGUUCAACGAAAGAUGCUUGAACACGUCCACCGGGUUAAUCCCUUCAUAAAAUAGACCUCUCUCGUCCCUUACGGCGCCAACGAGGGACAACAUUUCCUGAAUUUCCUACUUUCAGUUGCAGCAAGUCGAUGAUUGGGACUUUUUCAAUCGUAUGUAUGUUGGUCCAUAUGCUCUCGUCUCUUUUUUAUAACGCUGUCUGGUGCAGACUGGCGCAGUGCUCUAAUACUGUUAAAGGAUGUCUAUACGAAAAUAAAUUUAAUGUGAAAAGUGUGAAGAAUUCUACUAUCUGUUGUCACAGUCGACUGUGUCAAACGACAAAUUUGUUUACAUAUUUUAUUACAUGAUAGCGGUUGUACUUUGUAGGUAGAUGAUGUACAUACAAACCUAAGUUGUAUUUUUUUGAGUAAUUCUACUGUACAGAGAGAUCAUUUGAUUUAUCGGUGUACUUCAUUAAGAAAAUUAGACGCUGUCUGUUCAUGUGAACGAGCGGAAAAUAUACAGACGUUUUGUAAGGAAAAGCAGAGAAUAUUGUUAGAUUAGAGGUCUAAUCUUUCUCGCAGAUGUUUCUAAGUCGCAUGGAUAUUUGACUACUUGAAGCUGUCAAUCAAAUACAAGACACACUUCUUAAUUGUAUCGGUUGUUUUAUUUAUAGAAGAAUCAAAGAAAUAUGUAAUAAAGACAGACGAACAUGGAUACGCACAUGCAGCUCACGUAAUUUACGCUGUGUGAGUCUCUUACCUUGAUGUCUUAAUUCAAGUGGCCUGGACUGGAGUAAACCUGUUGCAUCAAUGCACUUUUUACAUUUCAGUUCCGUAUCAUGUAUGUAUAAUUUUUUGUUGCCAUUUUUAUAUAUUUGUUUAUCAGUGUACCCAUACAUAUAAUGUGGAGAUGUGGC